AUGGGCACUGCCGUGUCCAAGAGGAGGAAUCUGAGGAACGAUGCCAUUUCAUCGGUGGCAGCAAAAGUUAGAGCAGCCCGAGCAUUUGGAGAGUACCUUCACACUCACCCUGAGAGCCGAAACGGAUCAGAUCACUUAUUGUCCGACACCCUCAUUGGCCACGACUCUGACUCGCCGGAUAGCAUUUGUGCCCAGAACAACAAUCAUCAGCACAGCUUCUCUCUUCAGGACCCAAACAGCAGCACUGAGCCCAAUCUGAUUGACCCUACGCUGCGCCUGCUACAACCUUCAGCCAUCCCUUCUACCUCCUCCGAGAGCCGUCUUUCGCUAGAGCGCAGCUUCUCGGUCGAGGAGGAGCAGCAGAAGUGCGUGGAGUGCUCGCUGCAGCCAUCACGCGUCUACACCAUCAGCGGUGAGAACGCCAUGCUGGCUGGCAGCCGUACCAGCAAGGAGAGCUUGGAGCUGGAUGUGCUGAGGGAGGCACGGGAUGCUCCACCUGCCUCUCAAACCCUCACCCAGGCUUCCACCUCCUCCUCACCCAUUCAGCAUCACCACCACCAUCAUGCCAACCACCACCAUGGCACCACUGGGUCGAAUGCGCAGCAAACAGCAGGUGGAGCGUCAGGAAGUGCAGGAGCAGGUCCAUCGCACCAACACCACCACCACCACCAUCACCACCACCACCUCUCUCAGCCCCUGCAGAGUUCUGUCAGCGCUCACAACAUCCGUGGCUGGGGUGAGGGCAAAGAAUGCAGCCUGGCGUGCGACUUAUGCCCCGGAGCACCAUCACGCAGCCAUGGCUCACUAGAGCUGGAGAGCAGCGUGCGAGAGCCAGGCAAGCAGCGCCGCCCACUAGAGCGCAUGAGCAGUGUGGACCGGGUGACUUUUAUAGACAGAGAAGACAACCAGUGGUACCCCAAAGAGAACAUGUUCAGCUUCCAGACCGCUACCACGACCAUGCAGGCGAUCUCAAAUUUCCGGAAACACCUUCGAAUGGUGGGCAGCAGAAGAAUGAAAGCUCAGACCUUUGCAGAGCGCAGGGCGAAGAGCUUCAACCGCUCCUGGAGCGACCCGACCCCAGUCAAGCAAGACUCGCUACCCGAUUCAAAAGAGAGUGGAGAUCUGCAGGUGCCGUCUGCUGCACAAGAUGACGGAGGCUGUAAUGACACGGGCUGGGAGGAGGAGAAAGAGAUGGAGAGACUGGCCUGCGAAAGCGAUGACUUCGUCCCUCCUAAAGUCAUGUUGAUAUCAUCGAAAGUUCCCAAGGCGGAGUAUGUCCCCAACAUUAUUCGCAGAGAUGACCCUUCCAUUAUCCCCAUACUUUAUGAUCAUGAGCAUGCUACAUUCGAUGAUAUUUUGGAGGAGAUUGAAAAAAGACUGACUUCCUAUAGGAGGGGAUGCAAGAUCUGGCGCAUGCUCAUCUUCUGUCAGGGUGGACCAGGGCAUCUGUACCUGCUGAAGAAUAAAGUGGCCACUUUUGCCAAGGUCGAGAAAGAAGAGGACAUGAGUCAGUUUUGGAAAAGGCUAAGUAGAUUUAUGAGUAAAGUAAACCCAGAGCCUAACCUGAUCCAUGUCAUGGGAUGCUAUGUACUGGGGAAUCCUAAUGGAGAAAAGCUGUUCCAGAAGCUGAAGAACCUGAUGAGGCCUUAUUCCGUCACCUUUGAGUCACCAUUGGAGCUAUCUGCACAGGGAAAGGAAAUGAUUGAAAUGUAUUUUGACUUCCGCCUCUACCGAUUGUGGAAGACGCGGCAGCACUCGAAGCUCUUGGACUAUGAGGACCUGUUGUGA